AAAAAAAGCUGGGUGGCCAACUUUUAAUUCAAAUGAAUUAAAAGUUGAGUGGAAGGAAAAAAGUGUAAAAAAAAAACAUGCACAAACUAAGUAUUACAGCAGUUUAAUACUUUAGACUGCUACUGAUGGUCUCUUUCCUUGGUGUCCUUUUCAUUGGCUUUAUCUAAUGCAUUAAUUUUGAAAGAAUCUGAAUUUGCAUUCUCAUUUGCUGCAAGCCAUGUGCAUAAAAACAAAGAAAUGAGCUUAAAAAUGUGUUUAAGUUGGUUUCAUCUCUCAUCUGUUGAGUCGGUUUAUCUGUGUGUGUUUUUGUUGUGCAGAAAAAGAAACCUUUGGUUCGAUUUUUUUUAUUAUUUUUUAUUAUUUAUUGAAUUUUCGUAAGAAAAAGAUGAGCGUUUCAUCUUAAAGAGGCGUCGUGCCCCGCCUUUGCACGAGAACCGGGAUAAAUCCUCUGCGUUUGACUGACGGCGAUCCCCCAUCAACACCGGCCGUCCAAUCAGAAUCAGAUCCAAGGUCCGUCCCUGACUCCCAGCGUCACACUAAAAUGGUUUUCAGGUCUCCGCUUGAUUUUCUAUCAGCCUCCCGGCUCCUCCUGCCCCACUUUUCCGACGGGUCGCCUCACCUGCCCCGCUCCCGGUCCCCAGAGGACCCCCCGGCGGCCGCCCCUCCUCUCUCCCUCCCGGGACUCUGCUUCUCCGCCACGCAGAUCGCCAGCGUGUGCGAGACCCUGGAGGAGACCGGGGACAUCGAGCGGCUGGCCCGCUUCCUCUGGUCGCUGCCGGUCACCGCCGACGGCCGUGACUCCAUCUCCGAGCACGAGUCGGUGCGGCGCGCGCGCGCCGUGGUGGCCUUCCACACGGGGAGCUUCCGCGAGCUGUACCGCAUCCUGGAGACGCACCGCUUUACGCGCACCUCGCACGGGAAGCUGCAGGCCAUGUGGCUGGAAGCUCACUACCGCGAGGCGGAGAAGCUGCGGGGCCGACCGCUGGGGCCCGUCGACAAGUACCGAGUCAGGAAGAAGUUCCCGUUACCGAGGACCAUCUGGGACGGAGAGCAGAAGACGCACUGCUUCAAGGAGCGCACCCGCGGGCUGCUGAGAGAGUGGUACCUGCAGGAUCCGUACCCGAACCCGGGGAAGAAACGGGAGCUGGCUCACGCCACCGGACUGACACCGACCCAGGUUGGAAACUGGUUUAAGAACAGGAGGCAGAGGGAUCGCGCGGCGGCGGCUAAAAACAGGUUGCAGCAUCACCGCGUCUGCACAGAUGGUUCCCGUCCACCGAGCGGAGGAGACUGCAGUCCAGACGGCAGCGCGGAGCGGGCAGACGGGGAAACUUUCCUCUCAGUGACGGACAGUGACUCAGACUUGGAUGUCUGAAACUUUUUUUUUUUUUUUUCUGAAAAAGGGACCUUUAGUGGACUGUGAGUGUGUAUCGAGGGGUAACAGAGAGAGAAGGAGUUACAGGGCCUUGUAAAGGUAUUCAUGCCUCUUAAACUUUUCCCAUUUGGCCACGUUGAAAACAUAAACUAAUACGUAUUUUAUUGAGAUUUUAACUCCGCAGUGUUUUUUUUUUUGUUUGUUUGUUUUUUUGCGGUCUCUGACAUAUUUUCUCUAUUUUUACCUUCAUCUAUCUUCUCACCAACUCUGAUCAGCAUCCAUAGAUGGAGCGCACCCCACAGCAUGAUGCUGCCUCUUAUCUUCACACUAAGGGGAUCAUAUUUUUUCAAGACGAUUUGUAAUGUGAGCUUUAAGCUGAACAUUUAUGCUCAAGUCAUUUGUAAGAAAUUUGCAAGCCAUUUAAAAAAGUUUCUUGCUAUACAAAUACUCUCUGAGUAAAACACAUUAAAGGCGUGUGGUUGUAUUUUGGAGAGGUAUGGAUACUUUUAGAAGUCUCUGCUUUACGAUCACUUUAUGCCAGCCUGACCAGCAGAAGCACAGGUUGCGUUAAUAUUUUUCUGCUUCCUCUGUUUUCUGGCUGAUGGUUGUUUCCAGGGAAAGAGCUCAUGACCUUUGACCACUUUCUGUUCCAGCCACAUCCAGUGAUAAUGGGUUCAUCUGACAAUCCAAAUUAGAGCAGCACUGAGCAGAAAACCCCCCGCUGGUCUCCCGUCUGCAGCGGCUGGAACUUUUCGGACUGAAACCUCAUUUGGUGUCGUUUUCCUGAAUGAAACUAGUUUUUAGAGACAACCUGGACCGACUGCUGUACAAUCAACUACUAAUAACUAAAUCCUACCUCCUUGUCUGCCUGUUUGUAUUUUUAGUCAUAAUGCUGGUUUUCCUCUUUACCUCAGCUCUGUUUCAGGUUCUCUGUGCAGUUUGUGUGAAGCCAUGCCACGGCCUACUCCAUGUUCAAUUUGAUGCUGACAAAAUGUUUUUAGUAUUUUAUAUUAAAAUUAUUUAAUUUUAAAAGGUCAU